AUGUCAUUUUUGGGUGAUAGUACUACCAUGACCACACUCAAGAGCUUUGCGGCGACUACAGGCCAACUUCACGUAUUGCAAGAUCUAGUGGGAGCUUUCCCAGAUGGCGUUGACAUCGUUCUUGUUCCAGGAAUUGGAACUCCUUCGCCAGGGACAUGGCCAUUCGCUAGCCUAGAGUGGCUCACUUCUUUACCUGGCUCCGGUGCUGGAGUACGCGUCCUUGCCUAUGAGUAUUCCUCGCCAUUUACGGGCAGCACCCCUUCUUGGGAGUCAAUCUUAAUGCUAGGCUAUGAUCUUCUCCAAAAUCUUACUGACACGCGAUCAGCUUCUGAUCCAGAUCUGGGCAUUAUAAGACCAAUUUUGAUGGUCUGUCAUAGCUUAGGAGGUCUUAUAGUCAAACAGUCUUUGUGUGUUGCCGACAAACAGUUCAAUCGGUAUGGAUCUGUUGUCAACGCUAUCGCAGGUGUCAUAUUUAUGAGCACUCCACACCGUUAUGGGGACAAGAAAAUGAACCUGAUGCGAUUUCGAGAUAUCGCAGAAACGACGACGAAUAGGGCUUUCAAAAUACCUAACGCCAACGUCGGUCAAGAGGGGGCCAUUCUGCUGGACCUUGCGAAUAGAUUCGAAGGAAUCAAGCUCCGUACUCCCCUACUAUCCGUCUUUGAAUUGAGAGAAUCCAAGAAAGGUUCAACGACAUUACGGCAAAAAAGCCAAUCAUUGGUCAACCGUGAAGCCUGUUUGACCCGAGCCCCAAUGGAAACAGUGAUCGGCCUCAAUCUCGACCAUUUUGAAACAUGUCUCUUUUCCAAGAGUAUUGACGGCGAAGGCCUAUCAGAUCUCAACAAGUUCAUUGAAAAGACUUUGAGUGAAGCCGGGAAUCUUGUUGCAAUGCGACUUGAAGAGAAUGAGUAUCAAUACGCCACGAUCAGCGCUUAUUCACCUACGAUGAGUGAAUUACAGCUCAACUUUGAGCAGCAGGAGCUUACGCAAAGGCCGUCUAUCAAAGCAACAGAAUGGACAUCAAACAAAGCAACCGAAGGGACAUCUAUUUCAGGCUUUGAUAUAGUAUAUCCUCCUCCGUCAAGUGCAGAGAUCAAGAAGCCCCUCCAUUUGCCCUGCAUCCUUCUCAACACGCACUCUGCCAAUGAAGAUUUUUGCGGUCGGGAAGAUAUUUUGGAACGUCUGGCUGCGGAGCUUCUGCCUUCUAAAUCAAUGGCGACGACUUCAGGCAGCGGUCCACGACAUUUUGCACUCUGCGGUUUUGGGGGCAUCGGAAAGACAGAGAUAGCCCGCGAAUUUUCCCGACGGCACAAAGGCUCAUUCGAUGCAGUCUUCUGGGUUAUAGCGGAUGAGGUGGCAAAGCUUGAUCACCAUUACCAGGAAAUUUCGUUGGCACUGGGACUCGAAGAUGCGGCAGGAUGCAAGAGCCAAGUUGUUACUAGAGAAAUUGUCAAAGGAUGGCUCUCAAAUCCCCGGAAAUAUCUGUCAGGCUCGGAUGAGUUUGAGCAGCCCGAGAACUCUAGCUCUGACGCGACGUGGCUGCUGAUAUUUGAUAAUGCAGAUGAUCCCAUGAUCCUAGCAGACUACUGGCCUCAAGGAAGCGGGUCAAUUCUCGUUACUAGCCGUGAUCCUUUGGCAAAGAGCAUGUUCACGAGAAGACCCUCAGGCCUGGAUCUUGGUCCAAUGACACAACAGGAUAGCGUUUCCCUUUUCAAUCAUCUUACGAGUGGUUCAAACGAGUCAGAAGAUGAUAUAUCCCAAAAAGUCUCCGAUAAACUUGGCGGUGUUCCUCUCGCUAUCUCACAGAUGGCAGGUAUCAUCCGACGACAGGACCUUACCAUGUCGGAAUUUUUCGAGUUAUACAUGGAUCAUGAAGAGCACGCCAAUCUCUAUGAGACAAAGUUCGAUACCAAUUUAGUAACGUACGAUUACAGCCUCUCUACUGUUUGGGCAUUUGAGAAGCUGAAGCCCCAAUCUCGACAACUGUUGGAGCUGAUGACAUUCUUUGAUCCUGAUAUCAUCGGCGAAGACUUGUUGAUGGAAGUUGCUGCAAAGGUCCUCGGGGUCGAAGGUGCUUUCAAAAAAAGCCAUUACAUUGACGCUCGAACUGAUCUUUUACAAUCAUCCUUGAUACAAAGAGAUAAAGGCAAGCAGCAAGUAUCGGUUCAUCGCAUAAUCCAGGACGUCGUCUUGGCUACGAUGGAUGACGCGAAGAAAAAAUUAACGUUUGAGCAUGUAUUACACACUCUUUGGUCAAAUUGGCCAUCGGCAAUGCCCAAGCCAUCAAAAAAGCCUGAGCUACCUCUCCCCAAAUCAGCUGGUGGCAGGCUGUCUGUUGGAAGGUGGCCUCAUUGUGCGGCAGCUUACCCUCACGUUCUAAAAAUGAACCAGAUAUGGCCUGGCAUUUCGAAUCCCGGUGCUGACACCAAGAUUCUUCUUGCACAGCUAUUGACUGAGGCCGCAUGGUACCAAAAGGAGCGUGGACGAACGAAACAAUUCGAUGGCUUUUUCGAAACUGCUCGUGGAAUUUGUGAGUCAACAACACACGCAGAUCGAGACGCUUUGCUUGCAGACAUCUACUUCUGCUUGGGCUCUAUUGCAAUGGAUACAAACGACUUUGAGACGAGCCGCAUCCACAAGGAAAACUCGCUCAACAUCGUUGCCAGUAUAUGCAAAGAUUUGGGCACCGAAGACGAAAGGCUAUACCUCGCCUAUGCAGAGCGGGGGAUCUCUCGUAUACAAGACAAGCGGUAUGAAGAAGGCGAAGCAGACCUAAAGGAGGCAUUGCGACUGCGCAAAGCUCUCGGUAAUUACAUUCCCCGAUCCGGUGAAGCAAACCUAAGCUGGUCACUUCUUGCGCAAGGCAAGCUUGACGAGUGUAACACACUCCUCCUUGAUAGUUUAGCUGGUAGGGAGAAGGCCCUUGGGAAGAACGACCGGGAGUCAGUCCGAACUGGACUGAUCCUGUAUGCACUUGGUAACCUACGUGCAACGCAAAACCAAUUGGAUGAGAGUUUCGAAUACCAUGAGCGAGCAUGGAAUCAUAUGCUUGCAACAGUGGGCGAGAGAGACUAUUAUACAGCUAAUGUUGCCCACAAGGUUGCCGAGCAUCUCAUCCGCCUAGGCCAAUAUGAAAAUGCGACUGGUAUGAUCAAUAAGGCCUUGGAUAUCUGGUCCUUUGAUCCUAGCUCACACAGAAACGAAAUUGCCCGUACCACAUUUUUGAAGGGGAAGUUGUUCAAGUUAACUGGCAGGACUCAAAAAGCCUCUAUUGCUUUCAGGGUUGCCUGUCGCUUGAGAAAGGAGAUUACUCAGGAGGAUCGGGAUGUGAGUAGCUUGACGACAGAAGACUUUGACGAAAUUGUUGCAUUUUGGGCUCGUUGA